UGCAACAUCAAAUCAGAACAGAGCCUCAGAAGAAGCGGAACCUCCAAGAGAAGGAAGAAGAUGGCCAUGGUGACCCAAAUUCCUUGCCGAUCCUUUAAAACCCUUCUGUCAAGUGUCAAAGAAAUGCUGGGGAUAAUGACCACAGGAAAGUCUACUCGUGUUUUAUCGGUUACUUUGACCGCAUCAUGGCCUUCAAGCUCUUGUCUUUGGGUAAAAAAUGUUCAAUUGAGAAGCAAACACAAGCUAUUGCAUACCAAAUCAAGAAGAAGCCUACUUUUUCAGAGCUCUGAAAGGCUUGUUCACACAACAUGCCGAGUCUCAAUUCCUGGUACAACAUCAAGAAGUAAAGACAACUCUUCAUCAGAUUUUUUGAGGGACAAGAAGAUAGUUCCUGAUUCAGAUCCUCCAAGUAUCAAAGAUGUCAAUGAUUUGUAUCAAUUUUUUGAUCAGAGUAGCAAUCUCAUGGUGAUGACCGGAGCGGGAAUAAGCACGGAGAGUGGGAUUCCUGAUUAUAGAAGUCCAAAUGGAGCUUAUAGUUCUGGUUUCAAACCAAUUACACAUCAGGAGUUUGUUCGCUAUAUCCGAGCUCGGAGGCGUUAUUGGGCAAGGAGCUAUGCUGGAUGGAGACGGUUCACUGCAGCACAGCCAGGUGCAACUCAUAUUGCUUUAGCAUCUCUAGAAAAAGCUGGUCGAAUAAAUUUUGUGGUUACACAAAAUGUCGACAGACUGCAUCAUCGUGCUGGCAGCGAUCCACUAGAAUUGCAUGGCUCAGUUUAUUCUAUUAUUUGUUUGGAUUGUGGGUACUCCUUCUGCCGGAACUUAUUCCAGGACCAAGUGAAGGCCUUGAAUCCUAAGUGGGCUUCAGCAAUUGAAAGUUUGGAGUGUGGCAACCCUGGGUCAGAAAAGAGCUUUGGCAUGAAGCAAAGGCCUGAUGGUGAUAUUGAGAUUGAUGAGAAAUUCUGGGAAGAGGAUUUCCAUAUCCCCACCUGCAAGAAAUGCAAUGGAGUUCUGAAGCCUGAUGUUGUAUUUUUUGGCGAUAAUGUCCCAAAGGAUAGAGCUGAUAAAGCAAUGGAGGCUGCAAAACAAUGUGAUGCUAUGCUUGUGUUGGGAUCAUCAUUAAUGACCAUGUCUGCUUUCCGACUUGUGAGAGCUGCUCACAAGGCAGGUGCGGCCAUUGCAAUUGUAAAUUUAGGUGUCACACGUGCUGAUAGUUUUGUGCCCUUGAAAAUCAAUGCUCGGUGUGGAGAGAUACUUCGAAGGUUGCUAGACACUGGAUGUCUUACCAUACCAAAUGUUCAAUGAGGCUAUUGUGAAAGAAGUAAUUAGAUUAAUUCAGUUUGAUGGAAGACGCUGGAGAUGAGGUGCUGCUAUCACAUCCUGCAGUCACAUCCUCAGAGCUUUAAAGUUAACCAGGUGAUGUCCUAUAUUAUUGCAAUUUGUUGUUGCGGCUUCCAGAAAGACACGGCCUGAGUAGGAAUCCAUAGAUAAGAGACAUGGCAAUGCUCAUGUGGCUAUCUACCAAGCACUCCUUUUAAUAUAACACACUGACCAUCUCUGAAGAGAACCUCUUGUGGUUCAUCUCAAAAACUUCAAUUUUUAUUACAUUAACCUGAAACCUGUAAAAUGCUAUCAUUCUAUCCAUGUUGGAAUAACCAAAAUCUUGUGUUCAAAUCGUUUGAUUGUUAUAGUUUUAUGUUGCACAAUAAUGGGUCCAAAUGUAGAGUGCAUAUGUGAAUAGAACAAUGAAUAAAUAGUGAUUUGGUUAAUCAUUUAUCA